UUUGUCCAGAACUGUUUUACAGUUUAGCAUUGAACUCGGCCAAGCGUUCGCAAAAACUUAUUCCAACGCGAAUUUUUGCUGAACACAACACGAGUGCGCGACCGUGCCGYGGAAGGCCGCUACGUAACGCCAAUUUAACGCAGUGGCUAUUGAUGAGUUAACUAAAUUUGAAAAAUUAAUURUAGCAACAAUACAGUGGYMGUUAGGCAAUGCMAUUUUUSGUUUAUAGGAAAUUCAAAAUAAACAAGAAGAAAUAAAUUUGUAUUCUUUUCAACGAGCAGCUCACGAUAAAAACGGUCGCGUAGCGAGUUCAGCCAAAAAUACACACAGGAUCGCUUCCUUACAUACAAACGCGCCUAUAAUAAAUCAGCAAGUUCGUCGCUAAAGUCUUUUAUUUUGUGCGCCGCGUCUACCUAAAUCGAGUGCGCGCAGCAGCUAAGUGAUUCAACCCAACUUAUUUAGUGCGCAUAUCAAAUCGGCAACGCGAGCGUUUGUUGUCAGGCAGCAACCGAUUGUCAGAAAAUCCAUAAAUAAAUAAAAUGUGCACUGCGCAACAAUGUUUGGUCCUUGCGACCGUCAUCAGCAACUGCCUGUUGCUCAUCUCGGCGGCUGGCAGCAAUUUUCCCGCUGACAUACCGCGCUGCCGCGCAGGCGACACAGACUGCAUAACGCGCACAUCGGCGAAUUUGGUGCAUCAGUAUGCGCGCACCGGCUACCCAUCGGCGGGCUUUCCAAUCAUUGAACCUUUCAUUGUGAAGCGAUUCGACAUUUCGGAUGGCCGCACCGGUUCGCUGAAUUUGAAAUUGAAUUUCCGUGAUGUGCAUGUUGAGGGAUUGUCCGCCGUMAAAUUUGAUCGUUCUGUUGGUUUCGAACGCGAUCCUGCCACAAGCAAAUUUGAAAUGUACGGUUCRUUCCCAAAAAUCGCGCUGCGUGGUAAAUAUGUCGCUGACGGACGCAUAUUGAUUUUGCCCAUCAAAGGUGACGGUGACGCCGAUAUUGUGCUGCACAACCCCAAAUUCUCCGUAAAAUUCAAGCCAGCACUUCAUCCCAGGGAUGGCAAGACAUACCUUAGCGUGGACAAACUGAAAGUGUUGGUGGAACCAAACAGAAUGAGUAUCAAGCUGACAAAUCUGUUUAACGGCGAUCCAGCGCUCGGUAGCAAUCUGAAUGAGUUUUUGAAUCAAAACUGGAAUGAGGUUUGGACUGAGCUGCAACCCUCCGUACACGUGGCCAUUGCUGAGGUGGUGAAGAGUAUAUUGCAGACACUCUUCAAGCGUUUCGCCUACGAUGAUUUAUAUGAGGACUAAAUAAGCACUUGGAGUUAGCAUACUGACUAUAUAUGUAUAAGUAAAUGGGUCUAAAGGAAACCUAA